AUGGAGCUGCGGAGAAAAGACCAGCGGUCAAUUACGAACUUCAUGAGGAUGCCUCCUGAGAUGUUUGAUGAGAUUCUGGAACGAGUGGGUCCCAGAAUAACAAAACAAUAUACCACAUACAGAACCCCUCUUGACCCUGGAAUGAAGUUAGCCGUUACACUCAGACAUCUUGCGUCAGGGUCAAAGUAUUCCAACAUGCGGUUUGCCUGGAGGAUACCUCACAACACCAUCUCUGUCAUCGUGCGAGAAGUGUGCAGAGCAAUUAUAGACGAGUAUGUGGACGAGGUCAUGCCUUUGCUAACAACAGCUGCUGACUGGAAACGCAUUUCAGAUGGCUUCUUGGAAAAAUGGAACUUUCCUCACACUUGGGGUGCGUUGGAUGGCAAGCAUAUUGCCUGUAAGUGUCCAUCUAGUUCCGGGUCCACAUAUUUCAACUAUAAGAAGUACUACUCCAUUUUCCUGCUGGCCCUCGUUGACUACGACUACAAGUUCAUUUGGGCCGACAUCGGAGGCCGCGGUGCUGCAUCUGAUGCUCAGUUGUGGAACGAGUCCGACCUUAAAGCUGCAACUGAGGACGGGGAACUUGACCUGCCGGACCCCGAACCCCUGCCACACGACACGCAGGAUGUGCCAUUUUUACAGACGGAGGUUCUUCCUCAUUAA